GCUGGUCCAAGUGGCGCUGCCCGAGCUGCCCUGCCUGCUGUAUGAUAUGUUCAAGCUGCCUGCUGCUGCUCUGCAAGGGCUGCUGCUGCUGCUGCAGUCUCCGCUGGUGACUAAAGUGAUGCACCACGCAAAGUUCGACUUGAGCUUCCUUUCCAACUUCCUCCUCACCCUCCAGCAGCAGCAGCAGCAGCAGCAGCAGGGCGCGUGCAGGUUCGCGGCUGCGGAGUCUGCCAGCAGCUGCGCGGGCCCCGGCAGCAGCACCACCAGCGCCACGAACAGUAGCGGCGAGAGCAGCGACAGCAGCAGCAGCACGGACAGCAGCAGCACGGACAGCAGCAGAAGCACUGACACAAGCAGCAGCAGCCGCGACACCACCACGAACAGCAGGAGCAGCAGCGACAACAACAACACAAACAGCGACACCACAAGCAGCAGCAGCAGCAGCAGCCACGACACCACCACGAGCAGCAGCAGCAGCAGCAGCAGCAGCAGCAGCAGGGCGAACGCGAAGGUGGUGGCUGGGGUUUUGGGGGGCGUGAGCCCGCCAGUGUUUGACUCGCUGCUGGCGAGUCGGCUGUUGGAAGCAGCAGAAAUUCAAAGAGGGUUUUCUUUGGCCCAAGUUGUGGAAAGGACUUUGGGGCUUUUUUUGGACAAACGCAUGCAAAGCAGCAACUGGGACUCUCAGCAGCUGCACGAGGAGCAACUCCUCUAUGCAGCGAGGGAUGCUGCAGUGCUGCUGCCGCUGCACGACCGCUUGAGCCGUCGGCUGAAGCAGCACCAGCUCUUGCGCGUUGCAGACCUCGAGCACCGCACUCUGCCGGCUGGCAAGCACCUCAAACCCUAA